AAUAUAAAAUUAAUAUUGGAACAAGGAAAGUUAAAAAAAAAUUUCAAUCUCUAAUUUUGACAAAUUUUAUUGUUCUAAUAUUAAAUCUACAAUCAUUCACAGUCCAUUAAUUACUCCAUAAUUAAAACUCUCCAUUGCUUGAUCCUAAUCAAAGAAAAAUAAGAGGCCAUCGACCACCAACUAAGAAUUACCAUAAUUCCCUCCAAAUGACUACUCUAACAGGAAUUAAGUGACGUGUUCGUUCGGCGAACAGAUUCUUUGCCAUCUUUGUCUCUGUUACGUCUGUUAAGCUCGAAUGAAAAAGAGAAAGAAGUUGGAGUGUAGAUCGAUGAAGAAGUUGGUCGAAAUCGCAGAGGUGACGGCCGGAGGGCAACCGAGUAACAGUAAAAAUCCCAGAAAAAGGUGCACGACCGACUGAUCGAUCGAGCAAAAAAAAGAAAAAAAAGAAAUGGACAAAAAAAUAUCUCCUGCAUCCUUGGUCGUGGAUAAGACCGGUCGAUCAGCCUCCACGAGGCUUAGUACUUGGUGAACCGUGUUCGAGAAGGCCGCGUUUACCGAAGGACGCCUCCGGUGAACCUAGCCAGGGGUUGAAUCCCUCAUUUCAUUUCAAUUGCGAUUCGGCCAACCUUCUUACAGACAUGCAAUCUUCUUCUUUUAUUCUCUUCGUUCUCCUAACUUCCGCGCAAUCAAAAUCAACGACGAAACAUGAAUUACUCGAACCAACUACCACAGAAGGGUCACCAUUAGAUUUCACAAAGAAAGAAAAAGAAAAUUACGAUUCCGGACCCGUAGAAACAUUGUUUGUUCCUGAAGAUCCGAAUAAGUACGAGGAGAUCCUUGCCUACGUACGAAAACUGUUCGAAAGAGUCCCGGAAUUCGAUCAGGGUAUCCUGGAGAACCCUGAUCCAAACGAAACGUGGUCUAAAGAUCCUCAGGAUCAAUUUUCGAGCCUCGAAGAUCUUUGGGAAAAGAAUUCGGAAGGACUUUUAGCAAGGACGAACGUAGAGGAUAAUAGAAAGGCUGAGAUAACGUUGAUGAAAAGAAAUAAAAAUGAUGGAACUGGACCUGAAGAAGAGGAUUUUUUGGAGGCGGCUAAUUUCGGACUGGAAGCUAUGAACGAGUUGUAUACCAUCAAGGAACCGAUGCUAUACUCGAAGGGUAUAUAUUUGGAUUCCGAUAAUCCAGCAAGGCACGUGGCAAUUUUUAACGAUCAAACGGAAGAAGCAAGAGCUCUCGCUAAAUAUGGAUUCGCGGUGCUUCAAGGCACCACAAGGUUCAAACGAAAAUUCCCAGAUGCACCGACAGACUCGCUCGUGUUUCGUCGAAGUCAAAGCAAUCUACUCCAACGGCACUGUCCAAACAGAGGAGUUCCUAUCUGCCCAACGGCUAGUUUGAGGUACAGAACAUCCGAUGGAAGUUGUAAUAAUCUUCAUCAUCUCUGGUGGGGCUCCGCCAUGUCGUCCAUGCAGAGAUUUCUGCCGCCAGUGUACGGUGACGGAGUACAAAGUAUCCGGAAAUCUGUAACAGGAAGACGACUUCCUACCGCAAGAGAAGUGACAAUCGUAGUCCACGAAGAUAAAGACGUACCUCUGGCAUCAGUUACCCACAUGCUGAUGCAAUGGGGACAAUUCGUUGAUCACGAUCUGACCGCCACAGGACAAAGCCGAGGAUUCAACGGUACAGUUCCUCAAUGCUGUCUCAAAUUUGGCUCCGGCUUUCAACCACCAGAAUUUAUGCAUCCGGAGUGUCUGCCGAUACCUGUCAGCUCGAAAGACAGUUUCUUCGGUCCCCUGGGCGUGAAAUGUUUAGAAUUUGUUCGAAGUGGUCCAGCACCGAAGGAGGAUUGCGAAUUCGGCCCCAGGGAACAGUUGACGCAGGUGACUAGCUACCUGGACGCCUCCACCGUCUACAGCAGUAAUGCCUUUCAAACUGACACUCUAAGACUGUUCAGAAACGGUUUACUGCAAUACGGAAAGCUUCAAUCUCAAAGGCCGGUGCUUCCAAAGCUGGACUCGGAUCUCUGCAAGCGUGGAUCGUUGUCGACGAACUGCUUCAGAGCCGGGGAUGGUCGUCUAGGAGAGCAACCAGCACUCACAUCGCUCCACGUCGCUUUUCUAAGGCUCCACAAUAGGAUAGCGACGAAGUUAGCCGCGUUAAAUCCUCACUGGAGCGACGAGAAGCUAUUUCAAGAAUCUCGGCGAAUCGUCGGUGCGAUUGUCCAACAUAUCACCUACAGAGAAUUUCUACCCAUUGUUCUCGGUCAGGACGUGAUGAAAAUAUUCGACCUCGAGUUGCUGAAGAAGGGCUAUUACGAAGGCUACGAUCCCAAAGUAAAUCCGACCAUCGCGAAUGAAUUCUCCACCGCUGCUUAUCGUUUCGGUCACUCUUUGGUGCAACACAGUUUCGUUAGAUUCAACAGCGAUCAUCAACCCAUCUUCAAUAACGUCUCGAUUCACAACGAGCUGAGUAACCCGGCGAACCUGGAAACAGCAGGUUCGGUGGAUCGUCUUCUCCUCGGAUUGAUCAAUCAGCCCUCUCAAAGAAGGGACGAGCACAUCAGCGAAGAGUUAACCAAUCACCUCUUCCAAACCCCCAGUUUCCCUUUCGGCAUGGAUCUCGCCUCGAUCAACAUCCAAAGAGGCAGAGAUCACGGUAUCCCUCCGUACGUUCAAUGGCGAGAGCCUUGCGGCUUAUCGUCGAUAAAUAGCUUCGACGAUUUAGACAAAGCGAUGCCACCGUCCGCCGGUAGAAAAUUCAGGUUCGUCUACUCUUCGGUGAACGAUAUCGAUCUCUUCAGCGCCGGACUCGCCGAGAAGUCGGUUAAGGGCGGUUUAGUGGGUCCCACCUUCGCCUGCAUAAUUGGCCAACAAUUCAGCAACGUUCGCCGUGGCGACAGGUUCUGGUACGAGAAUCCUGACCAGGAGAGCAGCUUCACUCCCGGUCAACUUCAGCAAAUCAGACGAGUCAGCCUGGCCCAAGUGCUCUGCGCCACAAUGGACAACGUAGAGACUGUCCAACCCUUUGUCUUCUUAAUUGCGGACAGCUUGAAGAAUCAACGUUUAUCCUGCAGCGAUCCUAUUAUCGGACAGUUGGAUCUCGAGUUCUGGGCGGAGAAACCGUCCGAGACGAGGGGCAGAGCCGGGAUCCUGGAUAAAUUCAAGAGAACCACUACCGAAUCCAGCACCACGAAGAUCAACUCGGAACAGAAGACUCUACCGCAGAUCCUGAAGCCUCCGAAAGCGAGUAUCCAUCAGCAGAACAGAAUCGUCGUGAAGAAACCUCUCGGUCCUCCAGAUAACGUGACCAUAGUUGUACAAAAUAACGCCAUUAAUUCACCUAUAUUCGUGAACGACGCUAUACAUGGGUCAAGUAUCAAGGUGAAUCCUUCUUUGCACCAGCAGACUCACCAGUCUAAUUCACCUAACGAUCAAGUACCAGCUUACACGGACCAUUUGCAAUCCGUCCCAGUGUUCCUACCUCCCAGACCAAUCCCCACUGCGCCUCCUGCGAUGAACCUCCUCUUCGCGAAUCCUUACAUCCCGUAUGCUUUCAAGGAUCCCAACAAUCCCAACCCUCUCAGCCAAGGUUUCCAUUCCAGUUACCUUCCCAACGACGUCGUGUUCGAGAGUUAUCCAGGAUCUACUCCAAGGCCCACUUUGUACACAUAUUACACCAAUUUUCAUAAGACUACUGAGAAACCUGGGCAGAACGCGAACGUCUACCUGGUGGGUUACGUGCCACAGGAUCAAGAAGCGAAACCGACGCAGACACCCUGGCCUCGUCCCGAUCAGCUGUCCAGACCUGUCUACGAUUGGCAGAAGCUACAAUAUCAGCAGAGUUCGAUUGAUCAAGCUGGACAAUCGAAUUCGCAAGGGUACAGAGACAGACCUGAUGGAUCGAUCGAUUCUGACAAUAGGUAUCAAUCGAACAAGCCUUAUCAGAAUGAGUUUAUUCAUCAAUCUUCUGUCGGAAUAAAGGAAUUCCUCGGCACGGUUAAUCCUAACGGUGUCUAUUUCUCCAGUCCCUCGAAUAAACCCGAUUCUCAAAACGAUCACGGCUUUCAUUCGACUCAAAGCUAUUACAAAACGACUAGUAAACCGCAUUACGAUGAAACUGAUAAGGCGAUCGGAGGAUCUUAUCAGGAUUCGACGAAACCAUCGAAGACUCACAGUGUCACUAUCAUCGGGACGGACGCGAUGAGUCAAGGUGGACACGAGAUCGACAGAGUGGAGAAUCGAGUCACCGGUGAAAUUCCGAAACCGUUGAUCUCGCAGAUAAACAGACCAGCGAUCAGGAAACCUGGGCAAUAUUAUUACGAAAGGAACGUUCUGCAUCGGUAUCCCGAGCAGACUUCGAAGGAAGAUACGGAAGAGAGACACAAAUGGGUGAUCGAUGGAGAAUCAAUCGAUCGAUCGCUUAUCAAUAACACGAAUUCUCAGACUACUGGCGAGAACGAUACGAUUGUUGCUGAAAUAGUGAGUCAAUCGAGAAACGGAACGAACGAUACUGUAAAGGAUCACGUGGAUCUUGAUUUUCCGAAAGUGAUCGAUGACGUUGCGUCGAUGAACAGCGGGAGCCACUGGCUGAAUCCGCGAGAGGAUUCGAGCGUGCCGUCAGCUCUGGAGGUGCCAAAAAUUUCGUCCGACGACGCCAGCUUCGCCAAGGAAUUGCCGAGGCCUAUUAAAUCCUGAAGUUACGCUUCCUAAGCCCUCUUCGCGUUCCAGUUCCUCUUUUUACGCGUCUUAUCGAGUCGUUCGACCUCACGCGAACGAGUCUCGUCUUAUUUAUCGCUAUCUCUACGAGUUCAAAUCGUAAUGCAAUCGUCGUUUGAAUUAACUGCGACACCGCAUUCGUCAUCGCGCAACGCUAUUUAUUUAUUGUUCACCGUAGGAGAAAGUGUUUUUUAUGUAGUUUUGAGAGAUAAGCCUCGAGGACGAUAAGAAUAUCGUUGACGGCUUCGAAAGGGUCGUGCGGAGCAUAGCCUAGUUUUCUGCCAAUUUUAAACACGUCGGCUAUGACUGGAACCAUUCCGUACUAUUUUCAGAUGCACUCGCCGACACCGACGGACACAUUUGUAAUAAAGAAUUGCACGAUUUCUUUCGUUCGCACGCAGGAAUUUUUGUAUGUCCAAUUUUAGUGUCCUUAUUUUUGAAAAUUGGAGGACAGACAGGAUUAUAUUCUCAUUUUUUUUUCAGAUUUUUCAAUGUUUACUAUUAUAAAUUUUCUUUAAAU